GAUCGCCUCAACGGUGCGCAAGCCCUUGUUUGGCGUUACAGUAUUGGCGUUUUCUCUCUUUCUCGCUCUCUUCUUAUUCCCACCUUUUCCUUUCUUCUCCGACCCUACCCUUACCUUUAAUUCUUCCCUGUAAGUCUUGCUUCUUGUUCUUUUUUAUUUCUACGUUUGUUAAUUGCUUUGGUCUCUGUGUUUAAGUCUAUGGGCAUUUUUUUAUUCUUCCUUCAUGGAGUAAACUUCAAGAUCCAAUCUUUUCUUAUACAGUACUUAAUUUUUCUGUAACGCCCAUUUUUUCGGUCUUCAAUUUCUAUAAGUUUUUCAGCUCCUCUAUUAACACCCGGUCCCACGCAUUUCCUGAUUUUUGUGUAUCAAGUAGCAAUUUGAUCUGUUUGAAUUUGAGUGCAAUUGCAGGGUUGAAAGACCUGAGAUAUGGAGCAUUCGAAGGAUAGCCGAGUGGCGACCGUGCAAUUGGUGGCUCCAACCCCAACUUAAUGACAUGGUUUUGUUGUUGAAAUGCUGCAGCUCUUCCUGCUCAGACUAAUGGGUAUAUUCGAGUGGAUUGUUAUGGUGGGCUCAAUCAGAUGAGGAGAGACUUGUGUGAUGGUGUUGGAAUAGCUCGUUUGCUGAAUGCUACCCUUGUCUUGCCAAAGUUUGAAGUGGCUGCAUAUUGGAAUGAGUCAAGCGGUUUUGAAGAUGUGUUUGAUGUAGACUACUUCAUCCAACAAAUGAAAGGCUUUGUUGAAGUGGUAAAGGAGCUUCCAACCGAGAUUGCAUCAAAAGAUCCCGUAAGAGUCGAUUGCAGCAAACGCAAAGGCCAAUUUGACUAUGUUGAGAGUGUUCUUCCUUCCCUAUUGAAGCAUGGUUAUAUCUCAAUCACCCCUGCAAUGAGUCAAAGAAGGGAUAGGUACCCUCUUUAUGCAAAAGCUGCACUUUGUCAGGGUUGUUAUAGUGCAUUGCGCCUUACAAGCACAUUAGAGAAGAAAGCGUUUGAGCUUCUGCAAGCUAUACCAAAGCCCUUCUUAUCACUUCACCUUCGAUUUGAACCUGACAUGGUAGCUUAUAGUCAAUGCAAAUACACUGGUCUUUCUCUUGCUUCUGCAAAAGCUAUAGAAGCUGCACGGGUUGAUAGGAAACCUUGGACGGGAGAAAUGGCUCGUCUUUGGAGAAGCCGUGGUAAAUGUCCACUUACACCAAAUGAAACUGCACUCAUACUUGAAGCUUUAGCCAUACCCACCAAUACGACUAUUUAUUUGGCGGCCGGUGAUGGCCUGAUGGAACUUGAGGGACUAACAUCGAUGUACACCAAUGUUGUUACUAAAUCUAGUCUUCUUAGCGGAGAGGACUUCACAACCAUGCAUGGGAAUACAAAAGCUGCACUUGAUUAUUAUGUGUCUAUUAACAGUGAUUCUUACAUGGCUACUUAUUUUGGGAACAUGGAUAAGAUGGUUGCAGCAAUGCGAGCUUUCAAGGGGUUGUAUAAGACACUUUUCUUAAAUAGGAAGGCUUUUGCAUUGUUAACCUCUCAAGGGCUUAGAGGAAAGGAACUAACAGAAGCCCUGUGGAAGGUUCAUAGAGAUGAUUUCAUAAUGGGUAGAGGAUCUGCUUUACCAGACUGUUUUUGCGAAUUCAAUUUAUGAACUCAGUUUUCUUGUUUUCCUCUGUAAGUUUCUUUUUAAAUGUUUUGGUCAUACACCCAGAGCAAUGUAUUUGUGCCUACUAGUUUUCUUUUAGACGAUCUGUCUUGUGCUUGAUGUAGGUGUUGAUCACAAAUUUAUGCGAUAACAUUUAAUUCAAGUAUUCUUUUUUUGUAGGUUA